UUUAUAAGUUUAUGUGCUAGUCCAUUAACUAUGGUUGCCAUGGCAAUAUACACGAACGAAGUUGCCAUUAUAACAAAAUGGCUGAAUAACACUCACAUUACAGCAAAGCCAGUCGACUUUUACAGUCAUUUAUCGCAUUAGAACUCCACUUAAACCCAAAUGGCUACUAAAAAGAAGAAAAAAGCCGUUAAAUCGGCGCCUUUUGAUAUAUAUAUACUUCUAACUGCAACGGGAGAGAGAUUUCUAUUAAAGAAAGUUUACGCCGAGAUGAAGAUCAGAGAACUGAAAAGCUACGCUGAACUUGUUGCUGGCAUCCCAAGCAACUUGCAGCGAUUACAGUACCUAGAUGAAGGAGACAUGUUGGAUGAUUCGGAUCUACGGCAUAACGACGUAGUAGCUAACGCUACGGUGAAUCUUAAACUGUGGCGAAGCUGGGACAGCUUGGUAGCCGCAGUAUGCAAAGGCGAUAUUGAGAAGACGUUCCAACAAGACAUUGUAAUCUCUAAGGAGUGGGAAAAACUGGAUCCUGUAUUGUACAAGAAUAAAAUGUCCGCAUGUAGCGACCGUGCGGGCGUUGCGUUAUUCAUAGCUGCGCAUAGAGGACAAGAGGGUUUAAUUCGUAAGUUAAUAGACGACGCCAAAGCAAAUGUCAAUAUGAAGACACCUUUCGGUCGUUCACCCCUUCAUGCGGCGGCCUCACAGGGGCAUUCGUCCACCAUAGACACCAUGCUGGAGAAAGGUGCCGACAUCGACGAGGAAGACACGCAGGGUAAAACGCCUCUUAUGGUAGCAAGCCAAUGUGGAUUUAAAGACAGCGAAAGACAUUUAUUUUUAUUCCAAUGGCAAACAAGAGCAGCUAAGAUGAAAUCAAAGACAGAAAAUAAGUCAUUGAUGAUGCACCAGCAGUUUGAUUCUCAGUUUCCAACUUGGAUAAGAGGGGGGUACGCACAGAUGUAUUUCUGUCAAACUCUCCCCCCGGGCGAGUUUGCAGGGACAGGGUUUAGUGCUCCACGUCGGAAGCCAAUCACUAGCCAAGAUUCUGAGAAGGACAUCAUUAGAGAUGAAACACUGUCAGAGCUGGAUGAUCUGCCAUCUGAGAGCCCUGAUGGCAGUCCUGACUGGUCAAGCCCACAGCAAGCUAGAGCACUGGUCAACCGGCGACUUCUAAGCAGCAAAUCACAUUUAUCAAAUGCAAGCUCAAAAUCGUCCACCUUUGAUGAAUGGCUUCAAGCAAAGAAUGAGAAAAAACAGAGAGAAAUUGAGAAAAAGAAGGAGGAAGAAGCCAGACAACAGAUGGAGAGAGAAAUGAGAAAAGCAAAAACGGGAAAGAGUUAUGCUGACUGGAAACAGGCCAAACAAAAGAAACAACAGUCCCCUGGUCCAGAAAUAAAAAAGGACAUAUCUCUGUACAAGGACAUAGAUGAUAGACAUAUGUUUGGGAUGAGUUUCCAGCAGUGGCUUAAUAAGAACUCUGGUCCAAACGUCUACAGCUGACAGUAGCUAGGCUGAUAGUCACUAGAGAAUGAUUUGCGGAUUUACGACCCCCCCCCCCCUUACGCCACACUUUUAUUUGCAUUUUCGAUUUUUGUCAGUAUGUUAAAACCUUUACCAUACCACUAGUUCAGUUGUUUUUGAUUAAUUUAAAUUUCAUAUUAGUACUACCACUGGAGAGAGGCACGAUGGCCCAUGGGAUGUAAUACGUACCUAUCGCAGGGCGGUGGAAACAGUGAGUGGCAAGGAUGUGACUGUGCUCUGUUUUCUGUAUGUCUUUGUAUUGUACCCCCUUCCCCAUUAUUUUGAUGCCUUAGCCCUGAGCUUAUUGGUACAGGCUCCACAUAUCCAAGCCAGAAUUGUUGUUUCCAAGUUUGAAUCUGGGUCUGGUCAGCUUGGGAUUUCAAGAAAGAUGCCAAAAACCAUGCAUACAAUCUUGCCUCUUAUCAAAUUUAAUUAACCGCUAAGAGAUUGGAAAUGCUGACCCAUGUCAUACAAUUCUAGUGACAGCACUAACUAUCCAAAUAAUUGGACGCCUUUUCGAAAUAAUUUAUACUUUCACUGAUUAAAAAUGGAUCAGAACCAUAUUAUGAAAUAACAUUAGUAUUCAAAGGUAGCAUUAUAUUUUUGUAUAAUUCGUAAAAAAAUAUAUGACAUGGAAAGCUUUACUAAUUAAUAAUUUCAGAAUUGCUGAUGGUCAAACUGACUAGUCUGUAUGUGUAGCUACAACAGGUAUAAAUUAGAAAUGUCUUAAAACUUGAAAAACAAAUAAAUUAUGAAUUGUAAACAAA